GUUGCAGAUGCCCAGCUUUCUUUCCCAGCUUCGACUUCUUCUCUUGCAGCUCCUUCGUUCUGCUGCUUCAUCCAAAAAUGACGAGGAGCACGCGGGGUUUCCAUUCAUGUUGUCAAUUUCCAUGUUUCCUUUUCCUCCCGUGCCAAUCACCUACCCACCACCUGGAAGCCAUUCCAUUUUCAGGGGACGGAUGACGAACCUUGUUCGACCUAAGAUGGGAGUACACACCACACCACAUUACACCUCACCACAACUACCUAGUCUAGUGUACAGGUACAGAUUGUGACUCGUGCUUUUGGAAUGUUUAAACUUGUCUCGCCUGUUUCUGUACGUACGGGCGAAGCAAGGUGUCUGCCUACCUCUAGGUCCUCCCCUCACUAGACCCGGAUGGCCCCUCCCGUCACCGGAGGCAGGCAGGCAGGCAGACGAGUAGUGUGACAUCACGCAGGGCGGACGGGCGGGUCAGGCUGUUUGUCGACAGUGACGGUGAGAUGUGAUGACUGGAAAUGAAUGAUCAUAGGGCGAACCGUAAGGCUGAUUGAUAACGGGGUGGAGCAUUCCACUUCCACUUUGUACUUGGGUAGAAUUAGUGCGUGAACUUAUCGCGACGGAAGCUCUUAUCAUAAGCCAUGCCUGUCUGUCUCUUGGCUUGAGGUUCUCUGCUGGCC